AAAAGUGAGAAAAAAAUCAUCAUAUGGGCCUUUAAAAAAGUGAGGAACUUUGUCUUACCGAAAUACAGGCCCUUUAAGCAACCAGUCCCUGACUUGAAGACUAACCCCUCGUUUCCUAACUCCAGUCCUGGAGGCACUGCAGUUUUAGCGUUUUCCCUGUAACCUAGCACCAUCUGAGCUGACCAGAUAAUAAAAUUCUUCUUGAGCCGAAUCAGGUGUGUCUGAGCAGGUAGAUUAACAGGACUUAAGUUGGGAAACCACUGCAGUCACAGAACUGAUGCUCUGUAGUGCGCAUGCGCGACAGCCUCACUCCCUCACAUCCAGUGUUCGAGCUACACUAUCGCGGAAGUCAGAGACAUGACGCAUGCAGUCAGAUGGGCAGUCAGAAAUAAACAAACCAUCGGAACAAUAAGGUUUGGAUUAAUGGUUCUCUCCAUCAUGCUGGUGGUGGUGGGCUGGUUUCAGUUUGCGUGUGUCUGAGCUCCACUGGCCCGCUGGGAUGAACAUGCCACUGCAUCAGAUCUCUGUCAUCCCCCGGGAUGUCACUUCCUCCAGGGGGUCCGGCAGCAGCGGGAAAGCUAAGGACAAAGACCGGGACAAACAAAAUGACAAGCCACUGGGUCAUUCUGCAAGCAGGUCCAGCAACAUUUCAAAGGCAGGGAGUCCGACUUCUGUUAACGCCCCCUGCAGCUUCUCCCGGACUUCAGUCACACCUUCGAACCAGGACAUCUGCAGCUCUAAUGGUGGCAAUCGAGUUCAAGCUGCGCAGACCGCUGUGGUUCUGCUGAACUCUGACGGCAAAGGCUUGGUGUCGCAGAGCGUCACCAUGACGACCUUGUGUCUCGACUCCCCCGCCAAACCCAAAAAUAAGACAGCAUUCGGAGCGGAGUGGCUCUCGCUGCUGAAGCCUUCAGUUGGCCUCAGGCCGAACAGCGGAGCUCUCAAGUUCUCAAAGUCCUUGAACGAUGUGGGCCAGAAGAUGGACGGCCUGUGCAGCGGCCUGCACUUCAUCGACCGCACAUGCUCAGAGGGUGAACUGGGCCCAGAAACAGAACCAAAAGCUCUCAAUGGCAAACCGGCCAACCUGCCCUCUCCCCCAUUACCCUCCCAGCCUCUGUCCCUCUCCAGCACCUGCGCCUAUGGAGGCAGCAUUGGGCCAGAGCGUUGUUCCCAAACCUCCGAGCUUCAGAAAAGCUCCAACUUGCUGCGCUUCCUUUUCCCGUUCCCUCGCUCAUCCACAGCGGGCAGUCUGCAGGCCGGGGAACUGACCGGCUACAUCACCAAAUCGUCCAGCGCCCUGCUGGAGGCCUGCGGCGAGGAGAUGGGUGACGACGAGGUAUUCGAGGAUGACCCGUCCCAGUGGAGGCCACUAAAGGCUGAGGAGCGACGCGCCCCGCUGUGCUCGCUUGAAGAGGACAGCGACUUGGACCGAUGCUCCUCACCACUGUCCGAAAAAGCAGCACCUCUCUCACCGUACUCUCUGUCCGGAGACUGCUGCAGGAUCUGUCACUGCGAAGGUGAUGAUGAGAGUCCGCUGAUCAUGCCUUGCCACUGCACGGGUAGUCUGCGCUUCGUGCAUCAGGCAUGCCUGCAGCAGUGGAUCAAAAGCUCCGACACGCGCUGCUGUGAGCUCUGCAAGUUUGAGUUCAUCAUGGAGACCAAACUGAAGCCUCUGCGGAAGUGGGAGAAGCUGCAGAUGACUGCGAGCGAGAGGAGGAAGAUCAUGUGCUCGGUCACUUUCCACGUCAUUGCCAUCACCUGCGUGGUGUGGUCACUGUACGUCCUGAUUGACCGCACUGCAGAGGAGAUCAGACAAGGGAUACUUGAAUGGCCUUUCUGGACCAAGCUCGUGGUGGUGGCCAUCGGCUUCACUGGCGGACUGGUGUUCAUGUAUGUACAAUGCAAAGUCUACAUUCAGCUGUGGAAGAGACUCAAGGCCUACAACAGAGUGAUAUAUGUGCAAAACCGCCCAGAGACCUAUAAAAAGAUUGUUUUUGAGAAACCUGCAUUUAUGGAGCCAAACCUGGACAACAAAGAGGCUCUCGGGCUGGCGCAGUCGGACACAAACUCUUCCCAGUACACAGAGACAGAGGACUACAGCAUGGAGAUACUGCACGUGUGACCCACCCUGUCCACUAUAAUCCCUCCCAUCCCCCCACCAACUUCCAGGGGACCAGAAGAUGCUUUGCCUCCUCCAGGCCACCGGUGACGCCACACAGCACUGGACAGAGUGGCUGAGACGGAACUUCUGUUGUUUAGGUGUUACUUUCUCUUCGUUUGUCUGUUCUGUUCCUGUCAGUUGUUGGCUGACCAUUAUGAAUCGGUGUGCGCCAGAAGCGACUACUGCCAUUGUACUGCUGUCGUACGAGAUGUGAAAACCGCCAGUCGAGCUGUGUGUGCGCAUCUGCACUCGCCGUGUGUGUGUGAGUAUGUGUCUCUGUGCCGGUUCUAAUGGAGUCCUUAACAAUGCAUUUAAGCACUUUUUUAGUUCCCUGUUCUAAGGCUCCCCUGUUUUAAUAUCCAUAUAUUUCUCUUUAUACGUGUGGUAUGAAAAGAUAUGAGGAAAAAAUACAAGCUUGAAAUUUUGAAAGCUUUUCUCACAUUUUAUAUGAUGAUAUGAUAGAUGACAUUUGUAUUCCCACACAACCUUCGGAUGGAAAAAAGGAAUUUGGAGGGAAAUGGCCGUCUUUUUAUUAUCAUCAUUCCAUAUUUUCUGACUUCGGGCCGUAUCAGAUGAAUGGGUUAUUAACUUUUUGUUCUUCUUUCUUGUUUGUUUUAUUUGACCUGUAAUUUAUUCUAUGUGUGUUAUUGAAUCAAAGCAAAUUUAAUUGAGUUUAUCUUCAUCUUACUAAGGGCUAGAUUCACUAAAGCCAUUUGCACAUGUUAAAAGUCUUAGCACUAGCAAAUACAUUAACAUACUGUAACUUUUGACUGGGUCACAUUGACCAGUCACUAGCUAUGGUGCUGUUUUUGUACAUGCUAAAAACUUUGCACAAGCUGAAGACUUUAGUAAAUCAGCCCUUAAAUGUACCCUCCGAGGGCUCUAGAAUGUAGACUACUUUUUAAAAAAAUACCAUCUAGGACAUUUUUGUGCAGAGAGGGGCAUUUCUUGUAGCACCACUCAACUUGUUUUCUAUGCUUGAAUGACACUUUAUAUUCAGUCUUUAUUUUGAUCACCUUCCUUUAAUGAAAUAUAUCCUUGGGUGGAAAAUGCAACUUAUUUUUCUCACCCUAACCAGGCAUUUAUUACUUAAAGGUUUCAUUUAGAUUUUCUGCAUAUUUUGUAUUCGAGCAAGACUCUCCUGUCCCAUAUUAUAAUUAAGAUAUGCUAUCGCAUGUGGCAUAAUGGCUUGACGUAACACACUUAAACGGCAGGUUUCAAUUGUAUCCUCGACUCAUUUUGUCAUUCUUUUUCAUCAUCCUUAGUUUAUACAUCGUUUUGUUUCUAAAGUUGAUCCUGCAGCUGUUCAGAUGUCAAAACCAUCUUCAGAAAAGGUGUUAAAUUUGUCAGCUUUGCAAAUACAUUGUGUUUACUUGUUUGUAUGGUGGCAGAAAGGGUGGCAAAUUUCCCAAGGCAGUGCUUUCUACUUCUACUCUUGAGGCUUUCAGUAUGUUGUAAGGAUAUGAUAUAUACUGUAUGAUGUAAAGGCUGAGAAAUUGCCAUGUCAGCUUAGCACCAUUUCCGCAUGUAGCAAAUGUUUUUGACAUAAUAUGGCGCAUUUAUCUCCCUAACAAUAUGAUGAUUUCAGAAUGUGAAACAAUGUGGGUUUACUUGAAAUCAGAACUUGAAAGAAUACUCCUGCCAUCUAGUGACACUUGGCAGGUUAUACCUUUGUAAUAGAUACUUUAAUGUACCAAAACUGCUCUGUGCAAUUUGACCAAGAGAAAAAGUGCAGAUAAAGUUUGUUGAUGGGAUCGUACUUGCAGGCCUCCCUGUUUCUCUCCUUGUUUCACAAAGAUUUCUUACUUUUGCUGUAUUUAAUAGCAGUGACCCAGCAUAACCUCAUAAAGAAUUCCCAUUUUUUGCAAAUAACACUACAUGUUCACAGAUUUGAUUUUGCACAGGUAGUAAAAUUUGUACUUGCACCAAAUGAGCUCCUCUUGUAUAAGAUAAUGAGGUUGUGUUGGGCAGAUGGGACCUUACCAUUGACUUUCCUUGAGCUUUGCUACAUGAUGAAUGCAGGAAUGCCCUUUAUAAAGCUUGCACACCCUAAUGAGCUCGGUUUUACGUAAAUGCAGCCUGGCGUCUUUUUUAUGUUAGAUUUUACUUCACAAUUAACGAUCAGUGUACUGAUGGAUUUUUGACGACAUUACAGAUGAAUAGGAGCUGGCUCCUUUAACCUAACAGCAGCAUGGGACCCCUAAGCAUUGAUGUGUAAUCAACUUCAAACUGUGAUACUUCAUCAUUAUUUGGACAAAAUAGGAUUUGGAAAAUUUCUACAUUGUGACUCAGCUGCAUAUUUGGCCUUGUGGGGAAUAUCCUUCACUGAAUUGCUGCACUGCGUCCUGUUUGUUCAGCUCUGAUCUGUUUGAAAGCGCAGUAGCAGUAUUGUUUGUCUUUUCAUUGUAGUACCGUUCUCAAGGUUGCCUGUAGUUCUGGCGGUCAUUUGGCUGAUCACUCUUUAAUUAACAUACACCCGGACGAUUCAGAUGUGCUUAGAAAGUGUUUCUUGCAUAAAACUGCAGUGCAUUACUACUGAAUCGACUUGAACAUAGUCAACUUGACUGUUUUCUGCCCCUCCAUCUUAUUCCAUUUUUUCUCUCUGUGAAUUUUCUUUCAAUAGUAAAUGUAAUUUUUGUAAAAACUGUUUUUAAUGAACUAUUGAUGUGUUUUGAUUUGUUUGAUUACCCAUAUUUGAGCAAGCGUAUAUAGACUGAAAAACAACCAAAUAAAAUGAAGUAAACCUAUACAUUCUUGCAAAUAUGAUGCUUGUUGUUUUUGCCAGACUCUGUGCUCCCGUUAUAUCAGCGGUGGUUGCGAUACUGCCUAAAAGAUUCAAACUGUCACCAUCGUUUCCUGGAACAUCCUUAAAUUUCCUCAAGGCCGUUAUAUGUCAGCAAGGAAGGCCUUUCAUGAACACUGUGUCAAAAUAAGCGACGAAGCAGUGGAACUGAAUGAGCAUUUCACAUUGUCGUGGCUUUCUCAGUAGCUAAAUAUGGUUUUGUGAAAUUGAAAAGACUGUAAUUUACAUGUAUAGUUUUGUAUUUUAUGUAUCUUUAUAAUUUUCUCUCAGUAUUAUCACACUUUUAGGAGGUUGACUUUAAGUUUCUUAAUUGAGAUGUAAGUGACUAUGUUGUGUCGUGUUUUUAAGGGGAGAUGAAAUGGAGCAAUAAAAUAAAACCUUAAUCAAAAAA